UAAGGCUGUGAGCUUCAUCGUAUGCUUCCCCGCCUCGGUGAUCAGGCUCUCUCGCUCUCUCUCGCCAUUUCGGAGGCUUGGAGCUCAAUUUCCUGUUGCUGCUCCGUUUCGAGCCCUGCUUCUCGCCCUUCGUCUCCGCACUGUCACACCCCCCAGGUUAGGAUUUGAGUCUAGGGGGAGGAAUGGUAGGUGUGAUGAUGGCAGCCGCUGCGACUCCCGGAUGUGGAGUGUCGCAGGCCUUGACUGCUUGCGGUAGCCACGAAGGCUUGCGACGCGUAGCCCCGGUGUUUGGCCCCGGCGUUGUGUCCGUUUCGGCGCCUUGUAAGUUGCCGAGGAAGUUAAACGUGCAGGCUGUUGCUGAGCCUAUCGCGAAGAGCUCUCCGCGUACUAUUGAAGAAUGUGAGGCUAAUGUGGUGGCUGGUAAUGCUCCUGCCGCUCCUCCUGUUCCUGCCAAGCCCAGUGCACCUGAGGGCACACCCGCAAUUUCUCCGUUGGUAAUGCCCGCUAGGCCACGAAGAAACCGCAGAUCUCCAGCUCUCCGCGCUGCUUUUCAAGAGACUACGAUCUCUCCUGCAAAUUUCAUCCUCCCAUUAUUUGUUCACGAAGGGGAACAGAAUGCACCGAUCGGCGCUAUGCCGGGUUGCCAGCGUCUCGGAUGGCGUCAUGGGCUUAUUGAUGAGGUGUACAAGGCAAGAGAUGUUGGUGUCAACAGUGUUGUUCUUUUUCCCAAAGUCCCUGAUGCUCUGAAGUCUUCAACUGGAGAUGAGGCUUACAAUCCUGAUGGGCUGGUGCCACGGUGCAUUCGCUUACUCAAAGACAAAUUCCCUGACCUGGUGAUUUACACAGACGUCGCGCUGGACCCUUACUCUUCGGACGGUCACGAUGGCAUAGUUCGAGAAGAUGGUUUGAUCAUGAAUGACGAGACAGUACAUCAGCUUUGCAAGCAGGCCGUAGCUCAGGCUCAAGCUGGAGCAGAUGUUGUUAGCCCUAGUGACAUGAUGGAUGGGCGUGUUGGUGCCAUCCGAAAAGCUCUUGAUCUAGCUGGUCAUCAAGAUGUUUCUAUCAUGGCUUAUACAGCCAAAUACGCUAGUGCCUUUUACGGCCCUUUCAGAGAAGCACUAGACUCCAACCCUCGCUUCGGUGACAAAAAGACGUAUCAAAUGAACCCCGCGAACUACCGGGAGGCUCUUAUUGAAACAAGAAUGGACGAAGCUGAAGGUGCUGACAUUCUCAUGGUUAAGCCAGCCAUGCCCUACCUAGACGUCAUCAGGCUUUUGCGCGACAACACUGCACUACCCAUCUCAGCUUAUCAGGUCUCAGGAGAGUACUCCAUGAUUAGAGCAGCCGCUGCCGCGGGCAUGCUUGACGAGAAGAAAGCUGUACUGGAGUCACUGCUAUCUAUCAGACGAGCAGGUGCCGAUGUCAUUCUCACUUACUUUGCCAUUCAAGCUGCUCAAUGGCUCUGUGCUGAGCGGGUUUAAGAAUUUAUAGCACCCUUUUGAAAGGUGGCGGGUUUCUAAAGGUUGUUAUACUAAAAGGUAUGGCUGGAGGUCCUGAGGGCUCUAUGCCACCCUCGGAGCGGCCUGCUCCAGCCCAUCAAGGAAGUUAAAGUCGGUAGGAAGAUUUCUCGGGCUUAGUCUAGUUCGAAACCAACGUGAGUCACUGAUGUGACAUCUAGCGUUGUUCCAUGCAGCUUUUCCCUUUGAAAGUUGGCUUGAGAGGUACAAGAUCAAGUUCAGAUUGUAAUGAUACCAGUAAUACAUAUCUUUGAAAUGAAAGAAUUCUCUUAAUGUCA